AAGGAGAUCAAGUGCAGUGGGAGUGAAAAUUUCGUUCCAAGCAUCAAUAUAUGCAAUGGUGUUGACGACUGUUACGGGAUGUACCGCAAUCAUUAUGGCUACCACAGGAAUUCUGACGACGAAGACAGCGAACUGUGUGCACCAGAGCACCUCCGGACAAGAAAUGUACAGCUCACCAGCCUGGCUCAUCCUAAUGGCUCGCUACUGCUUUCGUGGACGUGGAUCGUGGCACCGAGCUCUGAGCUGGCGGGAUACUAUUUACGCGGUACUUCCACGGACCACACAUUUCAGACAACACUUUCGCCAUUGCUGAAUGAAUACACGGCUGAUUGCCUCAGGGGAUUCACCGAAUACAGCAUUACGCUGCGGCCCUUCUACAACAUUGACGGCCGGCCAAAACUUGGCAUGGCAACACAGUUUAUCGUACGAACUCCAGCUACUGCUCCGGGAGCACCGAUAAAUAUCGUGCGGCAGUCGCCGUCGCGUAUAGAACAGGAUGGUGCGCGACAACUGACGGUAACCAUCCUCGAACCAGUGUCUUGGAAUUCCAGUCCAGUCGGCUUCCGUCUCCGAUGGGAAACCAAUGAACAAAGCAACGAACCAGCGAGGGAUUUCGAUUUGCCUCUCGAUGCUGCACCGGGAAGCAAGAGGGACCUCGACGUGACCCUGUCUUUGAAACCUGGACGUGAAUACACACUGUUCGCCAGCGCGCGUGGGGUCGGGGACUUCGGGGAAGUUCUCAUAGGUCCCGAGACGUCGGUGACAAUGGAAACUACUCCUCUGGCUCCCGCUAACUUGUCAGCGAAGAACAUUGACCCAACCAGCGUUAUUGUUUCAUGGCAAGCUUUGAGCCCUGUGCGAAGCUUUGUGAUUCAACGAUCCUUUGACGCACCACUGCGUGCAUGCGAAGUUGGACUUUGCCCCUAUGACGACAAUUCGUAUACUGAUGACCGAUACUCUGCUGAAGGCACACGCCUCGAAACAUUGACUGUUAUGGUCGACGGAAGUUCACAGGAAUCCUCAUCCUACAGUCUGCCCCUGUUCAACGUAUUGUCGUCUGUGAAGUACACAAUUAAAGUCAAGGCAUGUGGUUCCGAAGUGUGCAGCAGCGAGACAAACACGACAUUUACAACUCCUCCUUCAGCUAUUCCCACGCCUGUAAUCACGACCGUCCUAUCGAACGACACCAGUUCCCUAUACUUGGAAUGGAACAUCAAGCUCCCGCGGCACGCGCCAGAGCUGAACCCGGAGUUCGAAGUGACAGUGAAGGCGAAUGGCUUCCACCGGCUCAUCCAGACGGUCGAGAAGGCGAUCACGAUAGGGGAUCUCACCUCAGGCGCAGAGUACGAAGUUCAGGUGCUGCUUUCUCUAGAGAGGACACCUGGAAAACGAGAAUACGGCCGCCCUGCAAGAGCCAUCGUAAGCACUUGGCCUCUUGUUCCUCUGGCUCCCACAUUAUCCACAAGAGGAUUCCAGUCCGCACCAGACAUAGUGGCUGUGUCAUGGAGUUUUCUCAACAGCACCGUUACGCAUGUAGAGGUUGCGACGAACUACAGCAACUGGGUGAAUUGCGAGAACUCGACGGUAUGCGACGAGGUCGUGUUGCACGGCUGGAACUCCUCCUUCAAAGCGGGCUUUGUCAGGAUCUCAGAGCUUAGACCGCACACAACGUAUUCACUAUCAGUGAAAGGCUGCAACGAUCUAGGAUGUGGUGACGCGAACACAGUGGUCAUCACAACGGACAUGUCAGAGCCGAGUGAGCCUAGUGGCCUGACAGUGAAUGCAACAGUAGAUGGUACUUCGGCUCACCUCGAGUGGAAGGCGCCGGAUGAGCCAGGGGGUCCGCUGACGGGCUACGUGGUCUCCUGGCAAUGCGACCAGGACCAUCUCAUGGCUGCGAGCACGGAUGAAUCCUUUUUUACCGUCCCUGGUCUUCCUUCCACGGCCCAGGAGUGCACCUUCUCAGUGUCUGCUUUCAACAAGGCGUCUGACGAGCGGCAACUGCGUGGAAAAUCUACUACUCUGACGACGCCUUGGCCCCCCAGAACUGAUCUGACCACCACUGCCACUGCGGAAUCUUAGGUGCGCUGGGAUCUUCAGUUCAAACGCGACGGCAAUCACGACUCUAAUAGACGAAUCAAAAAGAGAAAAAAGAUAGACAAGGUGGUUGCUUUGUUUCAUCUAUGCCUUUGUGUUAAUUUCCGUAAAGGUGCGAUUGUACUAAUGCUAGUAUUUCGUCCUUUCUUCUGUCCCGUCCCAAAUUUUGUUUUUUUGUUUUCUUCAACAACAUUACCUUCUAUAAGCAUCCAUUGAUAAGGAACCUACAGAGAAAUGAAGCUGAUCUUUCGAGGCGAAAGCUGACUGCAGAAGUCACACAAUAGAAAAUGAUGAUAAUGAUGAUGAUGCUGAUUUAUUAAAGAACUAGAUGAGUUAAUAGAAAUGACUCGGUAAACUUACGUAUAACAAGUGUGUUUGACACGCUGCUGAAUGGUAUCAUAAAUUAAAGCGAAUCGUAAGGCGUCCAAGCACAUGUGUCUCUAAACGCAGACUCGUGGGUCACAUCCUGUCAGCGGCGGGUUGCAAGGGGUAACCGCCACUUAGCACUGUCCCUUAUCACGA